AUGACAGGAGCUCAGGAGAAGACACUCAGACUCGCCAUGCCGGAUGAUGACUCAGCUGUUUACCUGCAGGUUGUUGUGCAGUCAGAGGAACUCUCAGUGGAUCACCUCGCUGAAGGUGGCUGGAACAACAAUCCACCAGGUGGCCGGUUCCAUAGUGUCUUUGAGCGGCUGACAGUCGGGUGUGAGGUCCAACCAAGGGUGUGGAUCAACGUCCCAUUGCUGAAGGUAGAUGCCGAUGACCACAGUGACCACAUUCUUCACUACGGCUGUGGGCCGGGAGUCCAGGGACUCACCGGUGGUUGCUGUGAGCGCUCUGGACCAGCAGACCUGACUGAAGUGGUCUUCACUGACUCUGGACCAGCAGAGGCUUCUGUUCUCAGAGCCACAGACAUGAGCCUCACAGUUUCUGCCAGUAACCAGACCACAAAUGAACCCCUGGACUCCCUGCCCACGGCCAUAGCGAAGAACAUGAUGACCGUGGUCCUCAGCCUCUCCAUCAUCUUCAUCAAUGGGACGUUGAUCCACACCUUCAGACAGCACCAGGUCCUAAACUCCAACCCACGCUACAUCCUCUACAUCCACCUGGUGGCCAACGACAUCAUCCUGCUAAACCUGAUCGUUCUCCUGUUAGCAAUCACUUACAUCACCUUCACUCUCAACACCUCCAUCUGCAUGUUCAUGGUCACUGUCGCAGUGCUCGCCAACUUGAACAACCCUCUCACUCUGGCUGCCAUGGCGCUGGAGUGCUACGUGGCCAUCUGCUUCCCGCUGCGCCACAUGCAGAUCUGCACUGUCAACAACACCUAUGUGGUGAUCGGACUGGUGUGGGUGAUCAGCUCGCUCACCAUCCUGCCAGACCUCUUUGUCGUCUUGGCGACAGAGUCUCUGGACUUCUUUCACUCUGGCGUUUUCUGCGUCCGAGAUAAAAUAUUCCGGAGCCCAGAGCUGAAAGAGAAGCGGGACAUUUCCUUAAUGGUGCUCCUCGUCCUUGUCUGGCUCAUUCUGGUCUACGCCUACUUCAACAUUCUGUGUGCAGCACAGGGGGCCACCAGCGACGCCAGGAAAGCCAGGAACACCGUCCUGCUUCAUGGGUUCCAGCUCUCGCUUUGCAUGCUGACGUACACCUACAGCUACAUCACCAGCGGACUGAUCGCUCUGUUACCACAGGCCAUCACAGACAUCCUCUUCAUCGGCAACGUCCUGCUCCACGUGCUGCCAAGGCUGGUCAAUCCACUCGUCUAUGGUCUCAGAGACAAAACCUUCCGCAAGUGUGUGAAGAGAAGUCUGUGUGGUGCAGGAAGAGACGGCGCCAUCCAGAGGAAAGAUGAAGAGAGGCCUGCAGGGGGCCACGCUCGCUGA